AAUUUGGAGACAGCUGGAUCACUAACAUAGUAGAACCAAACCGACGAGUACUUACUGUAAGUCUGUAACCUAGUAGAUCGUGAUUUAAUUUCAGCGCGUGAACAUGCCUUCUUACAAGCUGUAUUACUUUGACGGCCGAGGUUGGGGCGAGACGUCCAGAUUGCUGUUUGCAGUAAGGGGCUGUGAAUUCGAAGAUGUACAACUCGAAUACGGCGGGGAUCAGACCAAAUGGAAGGAGCUUAAACCAAAGACUCCUCUUGGCCAAAUUCCCGUCCUAGACGUCGAUGGCAAACAGCUACCACAAAGUCGAGCAAUCGAGGGUUAUCUUGCAAGAGAAUUCGGUCUGUACGGUUCCAACAGUUUGGAAGCCGCGCGGAUCGAUGCUGUUUAUGACACUGUACGUGAACUGAUAGCGAGACCCACAAAGCUGAUAUUUUACGAAAAUGAUGAGGAGAAAAAGAAAGCUGAACUGGCAAAGUACUACGCCGAAGAAGCGCCUCGGCGAAUGGGAGGCCUCACCAGACUGUUUGAAAUGUAUGGAGGCGGCGAGGAAGGAUUCUUUGUUGGAAACAAGAUGUCCCUCGCUGACAUUUUCUUCUUCGCCAUGAUGGAAUACUUCGACGAAAACGAGCUGAAGAAAUAUCCGAAGAUGGAGGCGUUGCACAACCGCGUGGCAACCAAUUCGCGAAUUGCCACCCACAUGAAGAACCGUCCUGCGUACACAUUCAAGGCGUUUCUGUCCACUCGUCUGUUUGACUGCCGACUGAACAGGACACGAACGAGCUUUGCUCCGGUAGAAUCCAAGAUGCCUUCCUUCAAAGUUGUGUACUUCGACGCCCGCGGAAGGGCCGAGCCGACCCGUAUGAUGCUAGCUCACGUCGGCCAGGCGUUCGAGGAUGUCCGAUACAAGGGCGAAGAGUGGGCUAAGGUAAAAGCCGAGACUCCGUUGCAGCAGCUGCCCUUGAUGGAGGUCGAUGGCAAGCCUAUCCCACAGAGCCGGGCCAUGCACGGCUUCGUCGCAAGGCAUUUCGGCUUAAAUGGCGCAAACAACGAGGAGACGACGAAAAUUGACAUCGUGCUGGCCAUCACCGAGGACCUCGUAGACCCGCUGGCCAAGAUUUUGUUCCAAGAAAAAGAUGAGGCCAAGAAGAAGGAGAAAAUGGCGGCUUACUUGAAAGACACAGCUCCCAGAUUCUUGAAGGGACUGGAAGAUAUCUUGAAACACAACGGUGGUGGCGAUGGCUUCUUCGUUGGCUCAAAGAUCUCUCGGGCCGACAUUGUCUACCUCGUUGCCACGGAAGCGUUCAACAACGACGAGGUCCUGAAACAGUACCCGAAGCUGUACGCCUUGAAGGGACGCGUUGCCCAGGACGCCAACAUCGCUGCUUACUUGGCCAAGCGUCCCAAAACACAAUUUUAAACAGAGACACAACAAGUCUACUCAACUUCGGGCAGAACAAAUGAUGAUGUGAAUAUUCCAUAUACCUCUCUGAAUGUGAUAUAAUUUUAAUGUAGAAUUCAGCAUGUGCGUGACGUGCACUGGUUCAAAUGUUUGUGCUGUUUGUUUAACUCUUGGGGGCGCUGUACCCUAUGAGGUCAAAGAGGUCAAUAGAAUACUAAUACCAAAAAGACGUGAUUAUGUGAAACACAGCUUAGAACAUUAAUUUUGAUAAAUGUAAAUUACUUUGUCGUUAUGAUCCAAACUGAUUCCACAAAAUAUAAUGUGUAGGCAUGAUCGUUUAACUUCAUUCGUGUAUGUGGUUGUAAACGGUACGAUGGUUUAAAUAAAUGACCGGAAGUGAUGCUUGUGGGUCAAUUGGAUAUAGACCUAAA